AUGUUAAUGAUGAUGAGUUGCUUGUAUUGUUCUACAGGUACUGGUGUUAGCUUGUAUGAGUUUCAUAAUACGAAAAUAACAGAGUUGGAAAAAGAGAAAAGAGAAAAUGCAAUGAAAAUAAAAGAAUUAAGGCAAUUAAUAGAUAAUGACGCAAAUCUGAUUGUUAAAACAAAUAGGAGAAUAGGCAAGUUUAAAGUAGAGAAAGAGAAUUACAAUGCACUGAUUCAGAUGAUAUCGGCGUUUGAGAAAACAUUAUCUAUAUUGUGUCUCAAGGAAUACAAUAAUGCAAAUAUCAGUAAGAAAUUAAUAGAAAAAUUCAACAUGCAGGCACAGAUUAUUCAAAUAAUACCAGAAUUUACUAGAAUAUUUGAUAGUGAUAAUUAUAAUGGAAUAUUGUUGCAAUUUAACAAUGUGCGAGAAGAUGUAGUUAGAAGGAUUGAACAGAUCAAAGAAGACUUAAGUGUAACAGUAGAGCAGAAAAUAGAUUUCAUUAGGUUGGUUGGUGACAGAUUAAACAGCAAUAACACAUCACUAGCAAUAAAAAUAAGGAGAAACAAGACCAUCGGCAUUAACUUGUUACGUCGAAGAAAGAAACUUGAAAAUCUGUUUAGAUGUAAACAGUAA